GUGGUGCGAGACCAGAUUUCUCACUGCACGGUCAAGCUGCGCCAGACCACGGGCCUGAUGGAGUACUGCCUGGAGGUCAUCAAGGAGAACGACCCCAGUGGCUUCCUCCAGAUCUCCGACGCUCUCAUCAGGAGAGUGCACUUAACGGAGGACCAGUGGGGAAAGGGGACGCUCACACCCCGGAUGACCACGGACUUCGACCUGAACCUUGACAACGCCCCUCUGCUGCAGUCCAUCCAUCAGCUGGACUUCGUCCAGAUGAAAGUUUCCUCCCCAGUGCCGGCCCCCCCGAUCCUGCAGCUAGAGGAGUGUUGCACCCACAACAACAGUGCCACUUUGUCCUGGAAGCAGCCGCCCUUGUCAACAGUGCAGGUGGAAGGUUACAUCCUGGAGCUUGACGACGGCAACGGCGGCCAGUUCAGGGAGGUGUAUGUGGGCAAGGAGACCAUGUGCACGGUGGACGGGCUUCACUUCAACAGCACGUACAGCGCACGUGUCAAAGCCUUCAACAAAACAGGAGUCAGCCCGUACAGCAAGACCCUGGUCCUCCAGACAUCUGAGGGUAAG